AUGUCCGAGGCUAAGAUGGCGAUCUCGAAGAUCUUCAGCCUCGGCAAGCCAGGUGCCAACUUACCGUUAUUGCUGUCGCUCGCCGUGGACGUGGCUCAAUCAAAAGACAUCUUAUUGAAGUCCGCUCGUUUCCAGCAUCUGCGGUUACUCUUUCGGGAGCGGCCACGGCCAUCGGCGACGCGGUUUUUCUACGCCCUGUCUGAGUGCGAAGACGACGAGCUGCAGCGAAUGUUGAAGUUCUGCGCUGCCAACAACUGGGUUGUGAACUGCUGCAUUUUCGACGAGAUCACCCUAUCAUCGCCGGAUCAGCCGUUCGUUAUUAGCGACGCAUUCGAAGAGCUACAGGAGAAGCCCGUGGUCAAGUACAGGGUAAGUUGUGCCACGUCAGCCAAGCCGCUUCUCAGCGAACUGCUCCUCGCGCAUGGUCGCGCCGUUCGACGUGAAGAAUUGCCGCCCCCUCUCGCGCCAGACGUUGGUGGUGCCUGCUUAUACCACGCAGUUCAGUACUUGGACGUUGCCCCCAACCAGGCCUGGCCGCCGUGCGACGGCCCCCACAACGUUCGCAGUUUCAAUGAGCAUUGGGGGCAUGACUCUCAGAGAGAGCAGUCGGUAUUAUUGCUGCAGGAGUGUGGCAUGGCACCUAAUGAUGUGUUUCGUGUGCACUCGGAGGUCGUUUGUUGGCAGCCGCAUGCAGAAGGAUGUGGGCAUUUCGCAGCUUUGAAGAUGAGCGGGGGCUGUGUUGACAUUUACGAUGCCGCUAUUGGAUCGAUAGUGCGGGCGCCACUUCACAAUUUCGUGUCAGCUGCGCUGAGGUUCGAGAAGAUAUACUUUUAUUACGCAAAGUGGUACGAUGUUUCUGGUCUCCCCACAAUGGAUGGCGCAGCUUACGAAGUCGAAGGGUCUGGUCGUGGACGAUCGACAUGUUGUAUGCAGAAGGCUGGUCAGGGUGGUCCCAUGAAGAGAAUUGCCAAGUGGCCCGCGUCGUGUUUUCCAGCACCAAAGAAAGGAAAACGGCGCAUGUAUGCGCGACCUGGGAAGCCCGACAAAAAGAAAUUCUCCGCGCUGUGGAAGAAGACGCCGUAUGUUCGGUACGGCAUCAAGUCUCAUGGCAAGCGAAAACUGCAGAAGUGGGCAAUGAGCAUUGAGAAAUUGGACGGCCUGACUGAAUUACAAGUGGUCCAUGAGCUAACAAAUGCUGGCUUCUUGAAGGGUUGGAAACACCACUUUUGCCCAUUCUGCGGCGCGUACAACAUCGGGAAGCUGCGGCGCCGCAAAGACAGCGGUUCUCUCAGCUACAGGUGCAACGCCAAGGGCUGUCAGAAACACACCUUGCCACAUGCGAAUCACAUGGUCUUUACUACGGGGUGGUGCAAGGAUUACAAGUCUUUGGUAUCGCAGGCAAAACUACUAUUGGGCAUCACUGUUGGCUUGACGACAGCGCAGCGCCAUUUAUUGUGGGAUCAUGAUGAGAAGUACGUGAGACGCUUCGCAUCGCGUCUGGACGCUGCUCGUUCUCGUUUCGUGAGAAUGCAGGAGCCGCAGAUCAAGUUCGGAGCUGGGGACAAUCGGACGUGGCAUGACGCGGAAGCAGACGAGGUUGAUCUAAGCCAAGAAAUUGUUGACGUCGGGCGCUGCAAGCGGGCGAAGUGGCACCAGUGGGGUGGCAUCGUUCAGAGAGGCGCGCCAUCUUCGCUGGCGAUGUUCAGGACGUCUCCGAAGACCACGAAAGUGCGAUCACCAGGCCCUGGGCCAAUCACUAAGAAAGAUUGGGGACCGCAGUCGGCGAAGUGGUUGCGCGGUCGCUGCCUGUCCUCGCAUGCCGACGGCGCCCGUUCCUACAAGAUGGGGGCCAACAGGAAGAGAAUCAUUGACGGGAUUAUUCACGACUUUGUGGGUCACAAGAAAAAGAAAGUCAAUGGCAAGUGGUCGCGCCCCAAAUACGUUCAAUUAUUCCGCCACCGCAUGCCGGACGGGAGCGCCAUCUGCACUCAGGGUGGCACGCAGAUUAUCGACCGAAUCUGGCGCCAUGUGCGUGCUCUAAUGGGGAGCAGGUCCCCUGCGAUUAACCAGCGCUCUUGGGAUGGUCGCGCCCGUUCUGCCCAGUGGUUAUUCUGGCACACUGGACGUGAUCUGCGGUCGAAAACUGGGGAGAUGUUUGCUGAGUUGAGCUCGAAACAUUAG